AUGACGCUCAGCCACCUCUCCUUCCCGCUGCCGGCCAGCGACGGCGCCGCACCCGUGCGCCUGGCGCUGCAGCGCGGCGACGUGCUGCUGCUGCGCGGCGUGUCCGGCUGCGGCAAGACGACGCUGCUGCGCCGCAUCGCCGGCCUCGAGCCGUGGACGCGCGGCGGCGGCGGCGACGACGACGAGCAGGGCGCCGUGCUGCGUGGCCAGCCGGCAUCGGCAGCGCCUGCGGCGUACCGCGCCCGCGUCUCGCUCGUGGCGCAGCGCCCGCCGCGCCUGCCCGGCGCCCCGGCGGCGCUGUGGGCCAGCAUCUUGGCGUUCGGCGCCAACGCCGACGUGCGCAGCGCUGAUGCCGACGAGACGGUGCCGCUGCUCGUGCCGCAGCCGGCGGUCGCGUCCGGCGACGCCUCGUUUGGCGAGCGUCAGGCGCCCGGCUGGCGUCUCAGCGACGUGCCGUGCGCCGCACCUGCCGCACCGGUCGCCCCCACACGCCUGCCUGCGGACCCCGAAGCGCUGCUGGCACGCUGGGGCGCGCCGCCGCGCAUCUUCCACGCCGACUGGAGCACGCUGUCGGGCGGCGAGGCGGCGCGUGCGUCGCUGGCCAUCUCGCUCGCGCUGCAGCUGCGCCGCGGCGGCGACGGCGUGCUGCUGCUCGAUGAGCCGACGGCCGCGCUGGACCUGCACACGGCACAGCUGCUCGAGGCCGACCUGCUGGCGAGCGAGCCGCGCCUCACGCUCCUCUGGGUCACGCACGCCGACGCGCAGGCGGUGCGCAUCGCGGCGAGCGUGCGCAGCCAGGCGGGGCGCCGCGUCGGGCUGCUGCAGCUGGGCGAGCAAUAGCAUUGCGUCACAGACGAUGCUGGAGUCCGCGAUGCUUCAUCUCGCCUCUCAUAGCCCGACGAGCCCUGCAGCGUGCCUGUCCCUCUCGCCCUUGCCGCCGCCGCCGGCAAAGAGGCGCUCGACCUCUUGGCGCGCCGGCGUGCGCGGCAGCAGGCGGCCGUGCGGCGGCGCACAGAGCGAGGCAAAGGCGGCGUGCAGGUUGCUGUGCUCUGCGUCGGCCAGCAUCAGCCAGCACUGCAGAUCUGUCACCCUCGCACCACUCACCG